UUUGACGGCACUAGCCGUCAGCACUCGGAUCCAACCCGGUGAGGUACCGGCACAAACACGAUAUUUGCAGAUCGUCUCUUCGGGCCGCCUCUCUCGCGAUUUCCAUCUCCUACCUCUCUCUCUUCAUCGUUGUUUUUCCCAGUUCACUCUUUGAUGGCGCAUCGACUGCUCCGAGAUGCUCAGGCCGACGGUUGGGAGCGCUCUGACUUCCCGAUCAUUUGCGAGUCUUGUCUAGGUGAUAACCCCUACGUUCGAAUGACAAGAGCUGGAAUAGACUACGAUUCUUCUUAUGGGAAGUUACGUCCAAAUGAUACCAUUCUAAAGCUUCAAAGGACUACACCAUAUUACAAGAGAAAUCGGGCACAUGUUUGCAGUUUUUAUGUCCGCGGAGAAUGUACUCGAGGCGCUGAAUGCCCUUAUCGUCACGAAAUGCCUAUAACUGGGGAGCUUUCGCAGCAAAACAUAAAGGAUCGAUAUUAUGGUGUGAAUGAUCCUGUCGCCCUCAAACUUCUGGGAAAGGCAGGUGAGAUGUCCUCUCUCGCUCCACCCGAUGACGAGAGCAUAAAAACACUUUACGUCGGCGGUCUUGAUGCCCGAAUCACUGAGCAAGAUCUUCGGGACCAUUUCUAUGCGCAUGGAGAGAUUGAAUCCGUUCGUAUGGUGUCCCAACGCGCUUGUGCCUUUGUCUCCUACACUACUCGAGAAGCCGCCGAGAAAGCCGCUGAGGAGCUCUCCAACAAACUCGUUAUCAAAGGCCUCCGCCUUAAACUAAUGUGGGGGAAGCCCCAAGCACAAAAGCUAGAAGUUGAAACUGGCGACGACGAAGCCGCCCGCCAAGCACUUGUGUCCCAUGGUGGCUUUCUCCCUCGGGCGGUUAUAUCACAGCAGCAGAGCAGCCAACAACCUCAUCCUCCCGGAACCCUAGAGCCUAACCACCAAUUGCCUCUUAAUUACUUCAACAUUCCUCCUCCGUUGCCGACAGAGAGAACAUUCUAUCCGUCGAUGGAUCCACAGAGGAUGGGAGCGAAAGCUCCUUCGUCGCAGGAGUCGGGUGAUGGUAAGGUUGGAUUGGAAAUGCAGCAAGGUCCCUCCCAGAUGUAUCAAGGACCUGCCAUGCAAAUGAGGGGACAGUACCCACCAUACUAUCCGCCUUAUGCUUAUAUGGCACCACCUCCGCCGCUUCAGUAUCAGCAGCAGCAACAACAGCAGCAGCAGUACAACUCAUAUCAACAGAUGGCAGCACCUCGGCCUCCGCCACCAUUGCCGGCAACACAGCAGCCCCAGCCAUCGGCUGCGGAAUUAGCAUCUUCAUCACAUAGUUGAUGUUUUUGGUGUUUGUGCUGUUUAUUGUGGUGCCUAGAAGCAAUUCUAUCAAAUUCUGGAAUGAUAAAAUUAUUAUUGCAGCUCCUCUCCCUAGUACGUGAUUAUCCACUGCUAUGUGACUAGAUACCACUGGUGUAUAAUUUGAAGCUUUUAGAUGAUUGUUAUAUUUUCCUGCUUGA